GCUUUCUUCUCCCUCCAAAAUCCCAACCAAACCUAGCGGGCGGCGGCCGCGACCGCCGACGGGGCGCUGCGCCUGCGCUGAGCGCGUGGGCGGCCCGUGGCGGGGCCGCAGUCGGCAGCGCGCCUAGACGCCUGCGCCUCCGGUUGCCAGCGGCCGGCUGCUCGGGCUGCUGAGCGAUUGUAGGACAGAGUCUAUGCUGGCAGCAGCACUUCGGCAAUCUGCAGAGAUACCGAGGAAGGAGAAGGUCUGACCUCUGCGGUCUUCAGCAAGCCGCCAACUGGGAAUCAAAUUCUCUCUGUGGCGUGGUUGCCAGUUCAGUCGGUGCUCUCGAGAUGGCCCGCGGGUUGUGGCUCAUCUCCCGCGCGGUGGGGAGGCUGCGGCCACUGCUUGUCCAGGGGCCGACGAGGAGCUUCUCUGCCUCCGCACCGGAGCAGCUCCAUGUCUGCGUCGUUGGCAGCGGCCCCGCUGGGUUCUACACCGCCGACAGGAUGUUGAAGGGUCAUGAAGGAGCACAGGUUGAUAUAAUUGAUAGGCUACCCACGCCAUUUGGCCUAGUCCGUUCUGGAGUGGCUCCAGAUCAUCCAGAAACAAAGAUUGUGGUGAAUCAAUUUUCUCGUGUAGCUGCAAAUGGGCGCUGUUCAUUCUUUGGGAAUGUAACUCUGGGAAGGGAUAUAUCUCUGUCAGAGCUUCGCAAAACAUAUCAUGCUGUUGUUCUUGCUUAUGGUGCAGAAAGUGAUAGGUCACUUGGUAUUCCUGGAGAGGACCUGAAAGGAAUUCAUUCAGCUCGAGAGUUUGUCUGGUGGUACAAUGGACAUCCAGACAUGUGCGACUUGUGUCCUGAUUUGAAAAACACAGAAUCUGCUGUUGUCCUUGGUCAGGGAAAUGUUGCUCUAGAUGUUGCUCGUAUUCUUUUACGCUGUAAAGCUGAGUUGGCUACUACAGACAUUACUGAUUAUGCAUUGGAUGCUCUACGUGGCAGCACAAUAAGGAAGGUAUAUUUGGUUGGGCGACGGGGUCCAGUGCAGGCAGCUUGCACUGCAAAGGAAUUGCGUGAAAUUUUAGGUUUGAAAAAUGUUCGUAUUUGCAUCAAGGAAACUGAUCUGGUGACCACACCUGCAGAUGAGGAGGAGAUGAGGAAUAGUAGAAUCCAAAGAAGAGUUUAUGAGUUGCUGUUGAAAGCUGCAAGUGCACAUGGGGGAAACAAUUACAAUGACCAAAAGGAGCUUCAUUUUGUGUUUUUCAGGAGGCCUACCAGGUUCAUCCCUGCAGAAAAUGGUUCCACGAUUGGUGCUGUUCAACUUGAGAAGACAGUUUUAAAAGGUGAUGAAGUAACUGGGAAGCAGGUCGCUGUUGGAGCUGGUGAGUUUGAAGACCUAAAAUGUGGUCUGGUCUUGAAAAGUAUUGGUUACAAAUCCUUGCCUGUACAAGGUUUGCCUUUCGACAAAAACAGAGGAGUUGUGCCAAAUUUAAGAGGAAGAGUCCUGAGCAGCGAAUCAGAGAUUGCCACAGUAGAAAGAGGCUUGUACGUGGUAGGAUGGUUAAAGAGAGGACCAACUGGGAUUGUUGCAACAAAUCUUCACUGUGCUGAAGAAACAGUGGCUAGCAUUCUUGAAGAUGAUAAGAAGGGUGUAUUAAGGCCCCCAUCUGGUUCGAAGAAGCAUGGAAGGACAGGACUUCUUGAGAUCCUAGAACAAAAGAAUGUCCGUUUUGUGCCAUUCAGUGGCUGGGAGAAGAUUGAUUCCAUGGAAAAGAUGGCAGGGGAGGUGAGAAAUAAGCCUAGAGAGAAGAUCACAACCUGGGAUGGGCUCCAAAAAGCUGCAAACGAGUAAAAGGGUGGCCCUCCCAAUGAUUUUGUUUACAUAUGCUUUUUGUAUCAAAAGAAUCACAUUAACGAGAGAUAAACCUGUACUUAGUAAUAAAAGAUAACAUCAACAUAUCUUCACUGGACAGCUUACUCAUGUACAAGCACUCAGUAAAGGAAUAUGCUGACAGUGAUCGAUUUUGAUCGAAAUCCAGAAUCUGCUA